AUGAGCGUCAAGAACUCCAGCAACGACGUGCUGGCGCCCGAAAUGCAGGGUCUGCUGGCGUCUGGCUCGCCGUUUGACGACCAGCCCGAUCCGGGUUUUGAUCAAAGAGGCGAUUUGGAGACAGAGUCCGAUUCAGACUCGGACUAUGCGAUCGAGCCCAAGAAGGAGAAGCUGAGGCGGCCCAACGACAACGCGUUUCAGCAGCAGCGGCUCAAGGCCAUCAAUCCGGUGAUCACCGCGCACUGGCUUAUUCCGAUUCUUUUGGGCCUUGGUGUGUUUCUUCUUCCUUUGGGAGGUGCCAUGUGGUUGGCUUCCCAUAGAGUGGAGGACUUCACCAUCGACUACACCCAGUGUGAGAACUUGGCCUCGGCGGACUACUGGCUGCCUAUUCCGGACCAGUACACAAACUACAACUUGGAUUAUGCCGAUGUGCCUCAGGCGCAGUGGAAGUUGGACACCAACGAGAGCCAGCCUUUUGAGGACGAGAGACGGGUGUGCAAGAUCCAGUUCCACGUUCCCCACACGUUGAAGAGCCCGCUCUACUUCUUUUACCGUUUGGAGAACUUCUCGCAGAACCACAGACGUUAUGCCAAGUCCUUCUCCGAGGACCAGAUCCAGGGCACAGCGGCCUCCUUGGCGGCCAUCAAGGACGGUGUGGGAGAGAACUGCGAGCCGCUUUCUCAGGACGACAGCGGCAAGAAGUUGUACCCUUGCGGUCUUGUAGCAAACUCCUUGUUCAACGACACCUUCACGCCCACUUUCAGCGGCGUCAACGGCACCAGCGACGACUAUGUCUGGUCCAGAAACGGCAUUUCCUGGUCCACCAACGACGGCCGUUUCAAAAAAACCAAGUACGACCCCAGCGAGAUUGCUCCUCCUCCAAACUGGUACAAGAUGUUCCCUGAGGGCUACAACUCCACCAACGUGCCCGACAUCUCGCAGUGGGAAGACUUCCAGAACUGGAUGUUUACAUCGGCGCUCCAGAAGUUCAACAAGCUCUACAUGCGGAACGACAACGAGGCGCUCCCGGAGGGUGUCUACGAGGUGAGCGUCGGGUUGCACUUCCCCGUGUUGCCCUACGACGGCAAGAAGAAGAUCUUCAUUUCGCAGCGGUCUGUGCUUGGAGGCAAGAACUAUUUCUUGGCUUUCUCGUGGAUCGCCGGCGGCGCCUGCUGCAUGGUUGUGGGAAUUCUCGUGCUUGUGGUGAACAUUGUGAAGCCACGGAAGCCAGGAGACGAGAGAUUGCUCAGUUGGAACCGGGAGAAGCUUGAGGCUGAUGAGAAGGAAGCCGCCGAAGCCAACAGGAAGGAGGCUGGGGAAGCGGAGGGAGAAGGCAGCACAGCCCGGAGCGAGAACCGUGCGUGA